UGACGCAGACUUUAGUUCGCGUCAGGCCGCCAAGCGAAACUUGCUGAUCGCAGUUUACUUUGUGAAAACACACCGAACUAGCGACGCCUGUCAGCCACCCGUCUCUGCCUCAACCAACUGCAACAGAAAACAGUGCUUUAAGCCCCACGAUGUCCGGGCACGGUCACGAUCAUGGGCACGGGCACGGCUGCGGGUGCGAGGGGGAGCAUGAGCCCGCGGAGAGGGGCCUGGAGUAUGGACUGUACCGGCGGAUCGACGUGGAGAAGCUGCAGUGUCUGAACGAGAGCAGAGACGGGGACGGGAAGCUGGUGUUCAAACCGUGGGAUCGGCGGAAUGAGCGGGACAAGUAUGUGGAGAGUGAUGCAGAUGAAGAGCUGCUGUUCAAUAUCCCUUUUACAGGGAGCGUGAAGCUGAAGGGCAUCAUCAUAUCUGGAGAAGAUGACGAUUCUCAUCCUGCUGAGAUUCGACUGUACAAGAACAUCCCUCAGAUGUCCUUCGACGAUACUGGCAGAGAACCCGAACAAGCCUUCAGACUCAACAGAGACCCUUCUGCUGAGCUAGAGUACCCAACAAAGAUCGCUCGUUUUUCCAAUGUUAACCAUCUCUCCAUCCACAUCUCAAAGAACUUUGGAGCAGAGAGCACCAGGAUCUACUACAUCGGUCUGAGAGGAGAAUACUCAGAGGCUCACAGACACGAAGUGACGAUCUGUAACUAUGAGGCCGCAGCGAACCCUGCAGAUCACAAAGUGGAGAGCAUCAUCCCACAAACCAACUUCAUUUCCUGAAGAAGCUUCAGAGAGUGAGGAGUGAGAGGAGAAGGAUGAGGAGCUGUUUCGGUUUUUGUCAUUGACAAAAAGUCAAAGAUGAGAUCAACACUGCGUCGCAGCAGGUUGGUUCAAGAUCGACAGGGUCUGAGCACUGAAAUCUGAAGACCAGAGAGCUUUAGAUGUGUUUGGAAGUGCCAAGUUGUUGCUCUGUUUUCUAUGGCAAGAAAGAGUGAAGGUCUAUUGUGGGCAAAAAGCUUAAUAAUAAUGCAUGAAUUGACACUCAGAUAAAGUCUGUUGCUAUCAGUUUAACCUGUAUAAUCCGAUACAUAUUUAAAGAUGUCCACCAGUUCAAUAAAGUCACAGCUACUAAAUAAAACAUGGAAGGCUGGAAAUAAA